UUUAAUUCAAAAUCAAAACUUUUGAACUGUCUUACUAGUUACUACGUGUUGUUACUCUUACUAUAAAAUUCGUAUCCUUUGUAGAUGGGUGCGAUGUAUUAUGAAAAAAAUGGCUUUUAGUUUACUUUCCACUCGAUACAGUUACGGCAAAAAUUAAUUUAUCGUUGUUUGCUGUUGUGUACAUAGUACAAAAUGGACAGCAAUCCUGCGACACUGAUAGCGAUCAACGAAGAAUUGGGCAACAAUUUUGACGAUCUAAUAACUCGGUGCGAGAAGUAUAAACAAGUUUUACUAAACAGAAAACAUGAAAUUACAGAGAAGAUCAAUUCCCAGGUGAUUGGGCCAAACUCAAACAUGGUCAAGACUCUGAAUAAAGUCCACGAAGAACGGUUGUCAAUUGUUUCAUUAAGAAAAGAAGUUGAAGAGCUAAAGUCAAAGUAUGCCGGGUUCAAGAAGGAGACCGAGAGUAUUAGAACCAUAUUUCAGAAGUUGAUCGAAGAUUUAAAAUACAAAUGUAAUCGGAUGAUGUACUAUACGUGCCUUCAGUGUAUAACUUCUAGAAGCAAUAAAAUGAGAACAGAUUUGAUGAGUAAGCGUGAUAGUGAAGCUGUUAAGUCAUACAAGAUUUUGUGUGAACUUAGUUAUGCUAUGAGCACUGCUCCAUGUAAAAAUUUGAUCUCCUAUAUCACCAGAGUAAUCAACUAUUGGCAUUGCAUACUUGAAAAAUUUUAUUUGGAAGAUUUUGAAAUUACUUUAAAACAAAUGAACUGGCCAUUUACUAUGAGCGAAAUAACAGAUAAUGCAAAAUUAAAUAACUUCAAACAACAGUUUCAACGUUUAGCCAAUAUGUUGAUAAAAGUUCAACUACCAAAAAAUGAUCAUAAUGAAUUCAAUGAGCAGACGUCACAAUUAAUGGAACAUUAUUCCAAUGUAACCUUGCCAAUAAUUAUGUUAUUAGUACCUUUUCGAAAAAGAUUUUUUUACCAUUUUACCGGCAAAAAACAAACAAACAAACCUGAUAAGCCUGAAUGGUUUCUAUCUAGAGUAUUGAGCUGGAUAAGAGAUUAUAGAACAUUUGUUGUGGAUUGGUUGGGUCCAGUUUAUAUAGAAAAUGGAAAAAGAUCAAUCGAUUCUCAACAUGAUUUUAUCAUAGGGUUAUUGCAGUUUGUUGUAGUUAAACUUGAUUCAGAUUUAUCACAUUUUCAACUGGAAGAUGUAGUAUUUUCACAUAUUGUUGAUGAAACAUUAGCAUUUGAACAUGAACUGAGAAAAGUGUAUAAUUAUCCAAAUGACUAUCCAAGUGUCACAGAAGUUUUAACUCAAGCUCAAAUAUUUUUCAAAUGGAUUAAUAUGGAACGAAAAUAUGCGCAUAUUAAAAUGGAUGAAAUUAUACAGAAUAAUGACCAAUGGAAGAUAUUAGUUUAUGAUAGUCAAUAUUGUAUGACAGUAUCUGCGGAUAGUUUUCUAACUUUGUUAAACACUAUGAGCGAUAGAUAUAGUAUACUUCGUCAACCAAGACAUAAACUUCAGUUUUUAAAACUGCAAACUGAUCUUUUGGAAGAAUUUAGACAAAAUAUAGUUGAUGGUGAAAUUGAAUCCAAUGAAUAUUUAUCAGAAAUGCUGUGUACAUUGCAUUACAUAUCAUACACUCUUUAUAAUUGGGGAACCAAUAUGCACUUUUUAUCUUUAUUGAACUACAAAUGUGAAUUAGAAAAUGAAGUGAGAAGUAGGAGUGAAAGUGAGUUUAUAGAAAUAUUAGAAACUGCAGACACAGUAUUCGACGAUUCAAUAAGAUUAUACAAUUUGGGAAUAGAUCGUUUACUUAACUGUUUAACCGAAAAUAUUAUGACCAAAGUUAAAUACAUUUCAAAACAAUAUAAACGUGAUAAAUGGCAUAUAAUGGAAUCCUUAGUUGACGAAAAUAAGUACAGUAUUACAGACAGUGGUUGGAUGAUGUAUGAAACCUUUACAGAAAAUUUGAAUACAUUAAACAAAAGUUUACCUAUUUCAUUGUUUAAUAAAUGUUGGCCAAUAUUAGCUACUAAGAUGUCAACGUUUCUUUUCAAUGACAUUUUGUUAGCCAAUAUGUUCAACAGAGGUGGUGCCCAACAUCUUCUGUGUGAUGUACGAUAUAAACUACUUCCCAUUAUCUCAAAAUAUACCGCUAAACCUAGUAUUUAUAUUGAACGGUUAUUAGAAGCUUGCAGAGUUUUAAAUUUUGAACCCAACUUUAAACCAGUUAUAUUAAAACGGAAUGAAGUAUCGGAAAUAUUACUACGUCGCAUUGAACACGGAAAUGUGCUUGAAUUGGGAUAAUUGAAAUUAAGUUCAUUUAAUGAUAUUAUAGCUAAUGUGAUUGUGCUGAAUAUAAACACAAUAUAUUAUUUUUGUUAGUUUUAAAAUAAUUAUAUUUAUUUCAUGUUUAAUUGAUUAGAAAUUAAAUUUUUUUGUAACAAUUGUAAUAAAUGUUUGGACUUUAGAAAUA